CUAAGACACCAACUGUCGCGCAGGAAAAACCGGCUGUGCGCUCCCUUUGGGCGCCGUAGUAGAUCGUCUCAGGGUCCAGCGCAUUGGUUCCGGAAUGAGCUUUAUCUUCUCCAGGAGAGACCGGAAGACGAGGAGUGACGUUUCUGGGCCGCAAAGCACUGUGGGAGGAGGCUGUCUCUAAUUUCUCCUCUCCCCCUCCCCCCUCCGGCCAAGAUGUCUGACAUGGAGGAUGAUUUCAUGUGCGAUGAUGAGGAGGACUACGACCUGGAGUACUCUGAAGACAGUAACUCUGAGCCCAAUGUGGAUUUGGAAAAUCAGUACUAUAAUUCCAAAGCACUGAAAGAAGAUGACCCAAAAGCAGCACUAAGCAGCUUCCAAAAGGUCUUGGAGCUCGAAGGUGAGAAGGGAGAAUGGGGAUUCAAAGCGCUAAAACAGAUGAUCAAGAUUAACUUCAAGUUGACAAACUUUCCAGAAAUGAUGAACAGAUAUAAACAACUAUUGACCUAUAUUCGGAGUGCAGUCACCAGGAACUAUUCUGAAAAGUCCAUUAAUUCUAUCCUUGAUUAUAUCUCCACUUCUAAACAGAAUUCUGAUUUUUUAUGUCAGAUGGAUUUACUGCAGGAAUUUUAUGAAACAACACUGGAAGCUUUGAAAGAUGCUAAGAAUGAUAGACUGUGGUUUAAGACAAACACAAAGCUUGGAAAAUUAUAUUUAGAACGAGAAGAAUAUGGAAAGCUUCAAAAAAUUUUACGCCAGUUACAUCAGUCUUGUCAGACUGAUGAUGGAGAAGAUGACCUGAAAAAAGGUACCCAGUUAUUAGAAAUCUAUGCUUUGGAAAUUCAGAUGUACACAGCACAGAAGAACAACAAGAAGCUUAAAGCACUCUAUGAGCAAUCACUUCACAUCAAGUCUGCCAUCCCUCACCCACUGAUCAUGGGUGUCAUUAGAGAAUGUGGUGGUAAGAUGCACUUGAGAGAAGGUGAAUUUGAAAAGGCACAUACUGAUUUUUUUGAAGCUUUCAAGAAUUAUGAUGAAUCAGGAAGCCCAAGACGAACCACUUGUUUAAAAUAUUUGGUCUUAGCAAAUAUGCUAAUGAAAUCAGGAAUAAAUCCGUUUGACUCGCAAGAGGCCAAGCCGUAUAAAAAUGAUCCAGAAAUUCUAGCAAUGACAAAUUUAGUAAGUGCCUAUCAGAAUAAUGACAUCACUGAAUUUGAAAAGAUUCUGAAAACAAAUCACAGCAACAUCAUGGAUGAUCCAUUCAUAAGAGAACACAUUGAAGAGCUUUUACGAAACAUCAGAACACAAGUCCUCAUAAAGUUAAUUAAGCCUUACACAAGAAUACAUAUUCCUUUUAUUUCUAAGGAGCUAAACAUAGAUGUAGCUGAUGUGGAAAGCUUGCUGGUGCAGUGCAUACUGGAUAACACAAUUCAUGGCCGAAUUGAUCAAGUCAACCAGCUCCUUGAACUGGAUCAUCAGAAGAGGGGUGGUGCCCGAUAUACUGCACUAGAUAAAUGGACCAACCAACUAAAUUCUCUGAACCAGGCUGUGGUCAGUAAACUGGCUUAACGGAGAACAAGCUUUGCAGACAAGCUUCAGGCAACAGUGCAGAGAUGUGAUCCUUGAGGACUGGAAAGGCAAACUCCUGUGGGUUGGUGUGUCCUGAAAGUGAUUGGAGUUAUGGCAGAAGUGCUUUUUUGAUCAACUGGUUUGUGUUUUGCUGCUGCAUUUAUCCCAAGAAAAACAGCUUUAAUCUCCAGAAGAAAACCAAAACACCAUGGGAUUUAUGCUGUGAUGACAUCUUGCCCUAAACAUACAACACCAUAGUAAUUUGUCAUGGGCAACAUGACCAGAGAGAAGAUUUUUGUCAUGAUUUUAAAUACACUGACACGCUACUGUUGGUUAAAUUUAAACAUGUUGUACCUGCAGAAAUUCUCACAAAUAACCUGCAAUAACUUGAAAUUCAUACCCUUUUGAACACUUCCUUUUCUCAUGUAUAAAUGAAAAUGUUUGCUGCAUUUUGCAAAAUGUCAAUUCUCCAAAACUGUGUCCGUCUAUUUCUGUACUUGCAGCUAGUAAAGGUUAGACGACCCGUACUCUCAGUGGCACACUGUCACCUUAGGGCUCAAGCAGCGAAAUAAACAGUGCAGCUCAGAAAUUGUAGCUUGGUUCUUGAUGUGUUUUUAUUACAUUUGGGGUUGCUCUUUUGUUUUUAGUAUCUUAAAUUUUUCAGGUUAUUUUGUCUUUAGUUAAGAUUUAAAAGCCUGAGAGCAAAUAGUUGAAGCUAGUUAUUUGCUUCCAGGUUUUUAAAAUUAGUGUUUAUUGAUAAAGUAAGAACUACUUUCUGACAGAGCCCUUACAUAGUGCUUGUUUUGACAGUGAUACUUUAAAGGAUUACAAUUCUUUAAAAAAAAAAAAAAAAAAAAAAAAAAAAAAGAAUGAUAAUUUUCUUUUUAAAAGAGUACGUAUUAACUCUCAGAAUGUCACUUUAAACAAAUAUGCCAGAACAUAGACAGCGAAGUGAAUGUUACCUGCAUAGUGACCAUGCUGAAAGGUUGUUUUCUAAUGCCAGCAACAAACCAUUGCCCAAAGCCUCUCGGGUUUGCUCUCUGAGAAUUAGUCAAAGUUAAUUUAGGGGACGCGCUACUAACUUUAUGUUUAUACAUACCUUACUUGAAAAGAGUAUUAACAAGCUUGUCUGUCUUUACCCUAAUUUGGCCCCCAAAUACCAGUUUCAAAAAAAAAAAAAAACUAAAUUUAGAUAAUGUAGAAAGUAUGCAUCUGGCUUUGAAAGCAAUCCCAAAAUAAUUUUAAAGUAUUUUGUGCAGUGGCAGUAUAGUUAGGAAUGAACUAUGGCCUUCGAUGGUGACAGAACUCAGCUCAUUUGAAUGUAUUGAGUUUUGGAUGUAUUUCUUUUUCUUUUUUUUUUUUAAGUUCACAUCAUAUAGUGUCAAAAGAAGGAACUAAGAUUAACAUAAAUGUCCUUGGUUUUUCUAUUGCUCAUUAUUAUGUAAACAGUUGAGUGGCAGUGCAGAAGGAAUACUGUGUGACUGAAGAGUGGCAACCAAGAAUUUUGAUCAUUAAAUCAGAUUUUAUAAACAGUAGAAAGAGCAUGGACUUAAAACAAGGCAUGCUUAUUUGGUUUUGUCAAAAUUUUACGAAAAUAUGUGAUAUAUAUUUAUACUAAAACUAUAUAAUCCUUAGAUUUAGGAAAGCAGUCAGUUAAUGUCUAGCAGAAUAAAGCAGUAUUAAAUACAGAUAUACAUUGAAAAUUGUAGAAAACUGAAAGAAGACGAAAGACAAAAUGUCAAUGGUAGGGAAUAAAAAGUUUAAGAUAUUAUAAAAGUAUGUGUAUUUUCUUCUAUUCUACAUAAAUCAUUUGUGAAAAGUGUGUUCACGUUUUUUACAGGAGUGAUAUUAAUUAGGAUUUAUUUUUCCAAUACAAUUUGGAGACCCUUUGUUACCCAAAUAAAAAUGACAAGUUUCUGUGCCUGUA